GGUUUCAUAAAUUAGUAUUUGCUACACAAUGUGGCGAAUUGGAGUUUCAGCGGAUGAUAAUAAAAAAAAUAAUGAGAAGAGAAAAAAGAAAGAGCCCACCAAGAAAAGGUCGUCGCAUCCUCCGCCAGAACGCCGCGGGUCUUUUAAAAUGAUUGCACCAAUGUUUGAUGUACAUGGUCACAACAUGGGCGGCAGAGACCGUAAAGGUUCUGUUAUAGCAGCAGAACAUUUGCUAAUGCGACGUUCUUCAAGGGGUAGUAGGCAGUUUAAUUCAUCUGAUUUCGCGGCAUUUGCAAACAGAGAUGUCUCUGGCGGUGCUAUACCGCUUGACCAUUUAACGUCACACAAAUCUCCAAGAAGGGCAAGCGUCACUAUUCGUAUGAAGAAAGUCAAAGAAAUUCAGGAUCGUGUAAAUAAGGCAGUGGACGAUUACGAAACCACUCCUGAAGGUGAAAGUUUAGACGAUCAACAUCUGCUUAAAGAGAUUGAAGAUAAUUUGUUUGAGAUUGACGAUGAUAUGCUUCGAAUCAACGUUUCGCUUCUGCUGGACAAGUUCCGCAAGGUGGCAGUACAGCUCGGAGACAAAAUGCACGUCACACCGACGAAAAAAGAAGAAUCUAAAAAAAAGGAAUUGUUGGAAUCAUUACAAACAUGGAUGGAUGAAGAUCAUUUUGAAGACAUUGACGACGAUGAAGCACAAAAAGAAAUUACUGUGGAUACGUCAGUAAUUACGGGAUAUUUAGAGCAAGUACAACAAAAUGUUAAGAAGGUUGAAAAACUAAAGGAUAAAAUCCAUACACUGAAACACCAUGGCGACGAUACGCAGCACCUUGAACGUCAGAGACAAAACCUUGAGAAACAGAUGAAACAAGAUGCACUUGACUCCAAGAGACGUCAAAGCAAAAGCGGAAAGCAAGAAUUUCAUUAUUUAAAAAAUGCUGCUACUGAAAUUUACGAUCUGCUACAUCGGACCAGGAUGGAAGGAAUGGCUCACUCGCAUCAGUUCGAGGAACAACUAAAGAAGAUCUUGAAGGAUGUGGAGGACAAGGAUAAAGACAUUGAUUAUCUUGAACACCGGGUGGAGCAAGAGAAACGGUUAGUUAAGCAAUGGUGCAAAGAUUAUGAGAAGUUACAGAAUGAUCAUAGUUUGACCAAGGAUGAAUUAGCUACUACAAGGAAAUCAAACAGAAAACUACAAACUGAGCUUGAAAAACAUAAGAGAUAUGCUGAGGACAACCUUGGUACAAUGGCUAUUGUGGACCAUGAAGAAAGUGUGAAGGAAUAUGAACAGCACCUGCACGCUAUGAAACAAAAGCUUGAAGUAGUGCAUUGGACUUUAAAGGAGAAAGAAACUGCAGUUGAGGAGCAGAAUAGGAAGAUACAUCAGUUAAAAGCAGCUCUACGAAAGGGUGGUUCAGUGCCAGCAACAACCGAAGCACUUUAUAAACCUGUGCCUGAAAAGGAGUCUGGAAAAACAUCUGUGGCAAAGAAAGAAAUAGCACAAGGUACAGAAGGUGCAUCUUCCGCUACGGGUAUCAUACCUCCCCCUACACCUGAUGUAAGAUCACUAAAAGAUGAAUUAGAAUCUUCCAAGAUGAGAAUUAGAACACUGGAGAAAGAGAACAAUCAAUUAAAAAGGAAAAAGCCAGAAACCAAGACAACACAGCAGAAAAAUGUGAAAAAUGUGGAACAAAAUACAAAAACAACGGGCAUUCAAACUGAUAAAGUUGAAGAAAUUGCAGUAGAGAUACCAGAACCUGUGGUUUAUAAAACAACUGCGAUUCAGACUUAUCCUUUGCCCUCACUGUCUUUUAUGUCUGCAAAGGAGCGCAAGAGUCUGUAUGACAUUGCUCAAGGCAUGACACAGCAGUUUGGAACGGAAUGGACAGAAGCUGCUAUAUCAUUAUCAAGGUUACAGGCAGAUGAUAUAAGUGAAUUGGACCAUGGGUUGUCUUGUGAAAAUGACUUUAUGCAGAUGUUUUCAGGUUCAACAGCUCCUAGAAGAUCAAGUAUUCCUACAACUACAUCAAGUUUUAAGUCACAAGAUGAUGAACUGAGUGCUGCGAGGGAAGACCUUGUUACAUGCAGGGUAACAAGCAGCAUACAACAACUUGCUGAAGGUAUGCUGUCUGGAGAAGAUCCAGAAAAACUGGAAGAGAAAAACUUUACGAGUAUCAACACUAUGCAUAAUGAGGUUGAAGAUAUUGUGAAAAAAAUUUCCAGCUUUGUAAGCAAGAUACAAGCGGUGAUAGGAUGCCAGACAGGGAUGAUGAGUGAAGCCAAUGAAGUUAUUAAGAAAGCAUUACCUGAAUCUAUACUUGGGAAACUGGACAAGAUCAAAGUACAGAAUGGCGUGAUGUCACAAAUGAGUUUGUCUUGCUCUGAGCACAGCCAAGAAUGGAAAGACAUGAGUACCACUGAGCAGAUUCGAUGCAAAUUGAAACUGAUUGAAGAAACGUUAACAGGAGUUGUUUCUGAAACUAUGAAUGUUUAUAUUAACGAAGUGGCCAAGCAGCAUGCAGAGUACAGCGACAUACACACAUCAGUAAACGAAGGAAGUAAAAUGGAAGUUAAAACUAUCGUAAACGACCCUCAGGUUGUAGUUAAGGAUAUUCAGAAUAAGGUUGAAUCAUCAGUGAGGUACAUGGCUAAAGUCACAAGAGCAGAGAGAGGAAUUCAUCCAAAAGGGGGUCUGUUUGGUGCACAGAGACAAGGGAUGGGUGAAGGAUUGCAAGACAUGGGAAAUGGGAGACACGCGGGUACAUGGAACACACUUGCAGGACACAGAGGCGUUCGCAACUUUGGUUUACAAAUGUCUGAGCAAAACCCCUUUAUGUUGAUGGGGCAUGGUAGCACACCAUCUAAAGUGGCAACCAAGCCAACUGUAAAGAAAUAUGCGACGGGCGUUCAAAAGGUUGGAACUGGGGAUGGAGGAAAAGUGCGAAUGACUCGACAGCCAGCAAAGGAUCUUCAUUUACUAAGAUUAAAACGCACAAGAAUGAAGUCUGAGAUGGCAAAGACAAGAGGUUUAGGAAUCAUGGUUAAAACUGUGAAGCCACAAAAAGACACGGCUGCUAUAUUCCAAGAUCGGCAAAUUACCAGUACCAACUUGAACAUGAACAAGAUUAAUCCGGUUUUUGCCAGUAACCUUCCUAAGGUUAAUUCCUAUCCAGAAUCAAGGCCGACAUCAAAACAUACAACCGUGGAUAAGGAGAUAGGAGGUUUGACAAUGUUUGAUCUUCAAAACCAAAUCAAUCAACAAUUGGUUAUGCCUGUUCCUAAGCAGCCUCCUGUUCAAGGUACUUGGAUUGAUAGGUCAAAGUCAAUGCCAGUGAACAAGGUUUCCAGCAACAGCUUUACCCCAACUAUGAUGGUCUCUCAUUUAUCACCCGUUCUGAACCCAUUUGCGGGUCCUCAUACGUUGAAGCAUAAUGUAAAACUUCCAAAAAUUUCAUGAAAAAAAUAAAACAACACUUUUCAUA